AUGGUCAAAGAAACCAAACUCUACGAAACCCUGGGUGUUUCACCCGAUGCCACAGAACAGCAGCUCAAGAAGGCCUACAAGGUGAAUGCGCUCAAGUUCCACCCAGACAAGAACGCCAAUAACCCUGAGGCCGAGCAAAAAUUCAAGGAGGUUUCACACGCAUAUGAGAUUCUCAGCGAUCCUCAGAAGAGGCAAGUCUACGACCAAUAUGGUGAGGCUGGCUUGGACGGUAGCGGUGGUGGCGGUGGCAUGGCGGCCGAGGACUUGUUCGCCCAAUUCUUUGGUGGCGGCGGCUUUGGCGGCGGCCUAGGCGGCAUGUUCGGAGGAGGAGCACAACGGGGACCGCCAAAGGCCCGCACCAUCCACCACACUCACAAGGUCUCGCUCGAGGACAUAUUCCGCGGCAAGAUCUCCAAGCUCGCCCUGCAGCGGUCCAUUCUCUGCCCCAAGUGUGACGGUCGCGGAGGCAAGGAGGGUGCCGUCAGGCGCUGCCACGGUUGCGAUGGCCACGGUAUGAAGACCAUGAUGCGCCAGAUGGGUCCCAUGAUCCAGCGCUUCCAGACUGCCUGCCCCGACUGCAACGGCGAGGGAGAGAUCAUCAACCCCAAGGACAGGUGCAAGGGCUGCAAUGGCAAGAAGACCAUUGUGGACCGGAAGGUGCUCCAUGUGCACGUCGACCGUGGAGUUAGGAGCGGCACGCGGAUCGAGUUCAAGGGCGAGGGUGACCAAGCGCCUGGUCUGGAGGCCGGUGACGUUGUGUUUGAGAUUGAGCAGAAGCCGCACCCGCGGUUUACCCGGAAGGAGGAUGACCUCCUGUACAAUGCCGACAUUGAGCUUGUCACCGCAUUGGCCGGUGGUACCAUCUACGUCGAGCACCUGGAUGACAGGUGGCUCAGCAUCGAGAUCCUGCCUGGAGAGGCCAUUGCACCAGGGGCCGUCAAGAUGGUACGUGGCCAGGGUAUGCCUUCUCCCCGCCACCACGACAUGGGCAACCUUUACAUCCAGUUCAAUGUCAAGUUCCCCGAGAAGAACUGGACCCAGGACCCGGCAGCAUUUGAGGCUCUCAGCAAGUUGCUGCCAGCGCCGUCUCUGCAGACCAUUCCCCCGCCAGACGCUAUGACCGAGCCCGUCGACUUGGAAGAUCCCGAUGGACAGGCUGGAGCUAGGGCUUUCGGCUCCGGUCCCAUGUCCGAGGAAGACGACGAGGAUGGACACCCCCAUGGUGCUGAGCGUGUCCAGUGCGCAUCUCAGUAA